AUGGUGCCACCACUACCGCCACCACCACCACCACCUCUAUUUAGUCAUGCAGGACCAGUACCACCAGUACCACCACCGCCAAUGCCUCGACAGUUACAGCUGAUGAUGCAGCAGAUGCAGAAGCGUCAGCCAAAGCUCCAACAUCAGCCGCAACAGUAUCAAGGAGGUCAACGGGGAAGAGGAAGAGGAGGCGGACGUCACGCAGGACGAGGACGGGGAGGUUUUAUCCAACCGCAUCCUCGACCGAAUCGGGAGUAUGCUUUAUUGCAGUUUCAGCGCAAACGAGGAGCAAGUGACGAAUUGCGUGAUGCCUCGAGGUUUUUUCUCCCGUCGUUUCUAUUGGAUCCGUGGCAAGCGCUGAAAUGUCGUGAAGGGGAUCGAAACUGUGAGGGUGCACUGGAUACGCAGCGUAAACGUGGUUACACUCGAGAGAAGGAAGGGUGUGUGCAUGAUGAGCAACAAGUAUCGCGUACGGUCGCUAAGGACGGACAUGGACGAGUACUGUUUCAACCAUCGUUUCUGGAAUAUCCGUGGAUGAAAAUCGGCGCGUGA